CGACUGGCAUUCCAGAUGUGAUUGGUCACAAGAAAUUUGAAAAACGACAAAGCAUAAUGUGAUUGGUCGCUUCCCGGCUGCGUGAACUACGUGUUGACAAGACCGGAAAGAUGGACGUCGGGUCUUGGUGUUGAGUGAAAGCUGUUGUGUAGAGGAAGGGAGAGUGUGCUGCUUGUACUCCUGGCACCUCCCGCCAACGCCACGUGUUCUACACCGCCCCUUCGCUACAUCAAUACCUCGCGCCCACGCCCGCCCAUGUCCUCUGCAAGAACGGCCGACCAGGAGUUCCAGUGUUCUACUAAAUCGCUUGUGUAAGAGCCUCCCUCACCCCCACCCCUGUCCAAGCCCGACCCAUCAGCGAAGUCGUCCGCCCACGCAGGUCGGGAGCGCCGCCCCAUUCUCGUCCUCCGCCCACCCCAGAGUUUAACUAGGAGUCUCCCGGUCUCGCGAUGGACAACCGUUGUCGCAGCGCCAUGGCCUCCACCACCGCCUCCCCCGCUCUCUCGCCCUGCCACAGGCCAAAGGAGGGCUUCGAUAGACCUCCUAAGGACAUUGGCACUCUAUACUACACAGACCUCCUUCCCUUCACGGUCACCGCGGGGCCGGAGACAAGGGAGUUCCUCGCCCAGGUGGCCGAGCUCUCCAUCGACUUCGUGAAACAGACGUUCGACCGCAACUCGAAGAUCCUCGACUUCCACCAGCCCGAGCAGCUCAAGGAAGUGCUCGACCUCGAAAUCCCCGCUCAGAGCUUGAACCUUGACCAGCUCCUCGUCGACUGCAAGGAUGCUCUCAAGUACCAGGUUAAAACGGGUCACCCUCGCUUCAUGAACCAGCUGUCAUGUGGUAUGGAAGUGGUGUCCCUGGCCGGCGAGUGGCUGACCGCCGCCGCAAACACCAACAUGUUCACCUUCGAAAUUGCUCCAGUCUUCAUCCUCAUGGAACAGGUCACAAUGCGCCACAUGAGAGAGAUCAUCGGCUACAAGCAGGGCGACAGCAUCCUGGCUCCGGGCGGCUCCAUCAGCAACCUGUACGCCGCCCUCGUCGCCAGGCACAAGAUGUUCCCCGAGUACAAGAAGAAGGGCCUGCGAGCUCUUCCCGGCGAACUGUGCAUGUUCACGUCGCUCCACAGCCAUUACUCCAUGAUGGGCACCGCAGCUGCAAUGGGUCUUGGCACUGACAACUGCAUUGAAGUUCCCGUUGAUGAAAAAGGCCGCAUGAUCCCAGCCGAGCUCGACCGCCUCGUCCAGGAGAGCAAGGCAAAGGGCAAGAUUCCCUUCCUCGUCUGCGCCACCGCCGGGACCACCGUCAUGGGCGCCUUCGAUCCCCUUCACGCCAUCGCUGACGUCUGCGAGAAGCACAAACUCUGGUUCCACGUUGAUGCUGCCUGGGGCGGCGGAGUCCUCCUCUCCAAGAACCAGCGUCACAAGAUGGCGGGCGUGGAGCGCUCCGAUUCGCUCACCUGGAAUCCACACAAGCUGAUGGGCGUCCUCCUCCAGUGCUCCACCGUGCACUUCAAAGAGGACGGCCUGUUGAUAUCCUGCAACCAGAUGUGCGCCGACUACCUCUUCCAGCAAGACAAGCCCUACGACGUCAACUACGACACGGGAGAUAAGGUGAUCCAGUGCGGCCGCCACAACGACAUCUUCAAGCUGUGGUUGAUGUGGCGCUCCAAGGGCGACGAAGGUUUCGAGAAGCACAUCGACCAUCUGUUCGAGAUGACGGAAUACCUGGUUAGGCGCAUGAAGCAGCACCCAGACAAGUUCGAAUUCCUCAACGACGAGCCCGAGUGCACCAACGUGUGCUUCUGGUACGUCCCCCACCGCCUCCGCUCCAUGAAGCCCGGACCCGAACGCCAUAAGCUCCUGGGAGAGAUCCAGCCUAUCCUCAAGGGCCGCAUGAUGACCGCGGGAACCCUCAUGAUCGGCUACCAGCCCCUGGACCACCACCCCAACUUCUUCAGGAACAUCAUUUCCUCUCAGGCCGUCAGGCGGGAGGACAUCGACUUCAUGCUGGAAGAACUUGAUCGUCUUGGCUACGACUUGUAAAGCCCCUUGACCCGUUGCCGAGGCAUCUCAGCGUCGUAGGGGAAGGAAUGGGCAGUCUUGAAGUAGAUGCUUCGAAGGUGACCUUCAGCGACCUCACUUCACUGAGGAAGAACUCUUAGAAGAAGGUCACGAGGGAUUCUUGAGAAGACUUGGUAGUACAAAGCAGGACUUCCACUCCUGACCCGGCCGAGAGCCACCAGCAAUGGUUGCUAGAGGAACCUUAUGUUACGCCGAGGACGUCCUCGACACAAAUGUAUAUUGUGGUGACUUGAGGUACACUCUCCUUCCCGAGGAGAACGUACCUCGAGGCUGAUACUUGUAUUUAAUGAGCAGACACUUUCAAAACAACCUGCGGCCACGGAGGAGGGCGCUGAGAGCUUGUUAAUGUUGCUAUAUGUAGUGUUGUCUUAGUGUAGACGCGCCAGUGUCACCACAUGUCAGCAAUAAUGAGGCAAGAGCCGGUUGGCGUCGUGUGCGGGCUCGCCUCGGAUUGUAGGAGAAUGCGACGUUCAGUGGAGACCGUUCGUGCGACCCGAAAGUGGACAGGGUCAGGUGCAGGCUGAGCCCCAAAACCGGCUUGCAAGAGGCCAGGGCUCAAGUGUACGGUCGGGGCCCCGCGCACGCGACCGAAAGCAAUAAGGGUACAAUCAAUAGCUUUUCGUACAGUCACUGCUAAAUAUUGGUUGAGGUACUGUAGGAACGAGCAGACUGGGGUGGCUCCAUCAUAGCAACCUGGUGAGUCUGAUCAUGGCUCAACCCCCGAACCCAACCCCACACUUCCCUACAACUUUACCCUCGACUUACGUAAUGUCAUAUCAAGGUUUACGUAAUUUACCGACUCACCGCUGAAUUAUUUCUGAGACGAGUAAUGUACUUGGAGGAGACAGAAGGGGUAAAUAAAAAGAGCAAAGGAGAAAAUGAGAUGCAAUGUUCUGUAAGUGUGAAAUGUUAUGGAGUGUUUGGAGAAAUAUAAAACUAAUAAUUAUAGGAUUAGGCACAUCACCGAAGUGAUAAGGAUUUGCAACAAAAUUUACCUCUUCAAAAUUUCUAGAAGUCGUGACUCUAAACUAUGCAGUUUCCACCUAAUGCAAUUGUCUUGAAGAAAUUGACACACUCAUUUGCAGAGUAAACAUUUCAUCCUUUAAGCAUUAUUGCAACAGAUAUUCACAUGCACAUUUCAAGAACACUCAUACACAAAACCAAAGGCCUCAUGCACUCUCGAAGACCAACUAUGCACGAAUGCCCGAGCGCCAGGCACUAGCACGUCUGCUUAGGUCUCUUGUCCUUAUGCAUGGCACUUGUGAACGUUCGCUUUUCGCAUUGACAACUCCCAGCCAGACGUAUCUCUUGGGGCAACACCAUGCAGCAUCAUGCAGUACCUGAGGUGGUGGCUUCAUUUUGACAUCGUAAGGUCACGCUGUAAAUAUCUUCGAUUUUGGGUUGACGAUUAGAUAUUUGAGAUUCAAUUACAUAAUCAUUUUGCUGGUGUGUUUGAGUACGUGUGUAUGUAUAUGUGUUAGUGAGAGAGAGAGAGAGUGUGUGUGUGUGUGUGUGUGUGUGUGUGUGUGUGUGUGUGUGUGUGUGUGUGUGUGUGUGUGUGCCUCUGGGAUGCAUCUGGCUGUUGCAUGCCUUUUCUCUUCGCAUAUUCUUCUUACUCUUAUGCACGAUACUUCUUAACGAUUCGUGAUAGUGGACACAUCAAAACUUUUGAACGCGUUCGUAAAACCAACGCCGUGUUAGGUCCUGUUUGACACUUCACACCUCUUGCAAAUUUUAGAAUUUUGAAAAUCACUGUAAACAGUGUUUUGGCUUCAGCUCACUUUCUCUCCCCCUCAAGUUUUUUGGACUUUUGAAAACAAUUUGAUACAUUUCCAUUCUUUGACAUCCGCACGUAUCACAUUUAGCACUCGUCUGUACUUGUCCCGUAAACAGCACUUGCAUUUAUAAGCGUUUUAGAUCUCUUGCACUCGGGUCUACCUGGCAGUGAUACCUCCGUAGUGUUGGUGUCUCGUAGGAACUCUCUUUAUCCUGCAGAUCUUGUCCGGCGUUUUUCCCUCUCCUAAUGUUUGUUGUCUCGGUCUCGGUGUCCUUCCUCUUAGCACUUGCACAAAUGACGUGUCCUAAAACACCUGCACCAUUCACUGUCUCACACCUGCACAAUGUCUUCAUGCACUUUUAAUGUCUAAUUGCACUGUCACGUUUUAUUCUCACUUUCAGCACAUGCACAAUUUGAAGUCUAGUAUAUUUGCACACUUCGAAUUUAGAAUCUUUGCACAAGUUAGAGUUUAUUACCUGCGGACUUGAAACACCCGCGCGUUUGAACUUCGAUUCAUGCACAUCUACAAUUUAACGUUUUUGCACAUGCACGCUUUAGGUUUAGCACAUGCAAACGUCAAAGUUUGAUACAUGUACUUUGAUAGUUAGUUCAUGCACAGUUAGGAAUUCUGCACCAUUUUCCUUCGUUUAUGCACAUGCACUUUCAAAAUGCACAAGCACAUUCUAGUAAUUUACAUCAGCACAACGUGAAUUUUCUCACGGUAUUCACAACGCACAUGAUAAGCACCUGCAUGUUAGCACACGCACCUUAAAUGUUUAGCAUCUUGCACAAUUUGAUGUUUCUUCUUCCAUGUGAAUGUUUAGCUCUGCCAUACUUCUGCGGUGUGGUUUGCAAUCUCUGAUAUUUGGCACUCGCAAUUUACAAGUUUUUUCACUCUCUUGAUGCAUGAUACCCGCACUCUUAGCGCUGUCUCACUCCUCUGUAUACUGGCGUUUAUUUACAUUCGGUGCAUACAGGGAUUAUUGUUAUAAAACCGCUGCAAAGGGCAUACUUGCCACGCCCUUUGCAGGCAGUGGCCACGAGUGGAGAGGCUCCACGGGUCAGCUAAGGAAACUGUAUCAGUUUCUAGUCUUCCACAGCCAUUAUCUCAAAGUCUGAACAAGAAAUAGUCGCCUCGCGUAUGUUUCAUACAGGAUGUCGCCAGCACCCAUUCAUCCAUUCAUGUUUAUUCGAUCGAAAGGGAAACAUGCAUUCAUUUGUGCAUAUUAGAUUCGUUAUACUUCUUAAUCAAAAGUCUCGUCUCAGUGAUGCCGAUGGGUAUUCUGUAAAUGAGUGUGAAUAGAUUCUCUCGAUCUGAAAAGGGGCAGCGAUAAGAGUUAGAGGCACGUAGAGAUAAGUUUUGACCUUGGGUUCCUCUGCACGGAAUCCUCAGAUAAGGUUUUGUGGCUAAGAUUCCUUCUCAGGGAGGUUCCUUCUCUGAGGCGCCGUUGGUGAGAGCCCUGGUCAGCCGGUGGCCCUCAAGUUCCCUGCAUGGGAUAGUGUGACUGGCUCCUCGUGCACGGGAAAGCGAAGACCCGCAGCCACCGGGGAUGAAACAUACAGAGGAUUGAUCAGGGAAAGAAAUCUGUUUGCGUUCGUUGUGGUAGCAAGUAUCCGAGUAUUGUUAUUUUGUUCUGUCUUGUCGCCUCAUGAAACGCACUUUUGAUGUCAUGAGCGCAGAAUCAAAGGGUGUGGAACAGAGGAUGUGUAAGGCUCAAACACGUCCCUGUCAGCAAACGUCAGGAAUGCAGGCCGCCAUUGCACAAGUCCCGUCUUAUGUUAUAUUCCCGAAAUAAGAGAAACGUCUUUUCGGUCAAUCUAGGCUAGUGGAAGACAGCCUCACUUAACCAGUCCAUUUGGUUGAGUUACCGUAGCUUAGAUUAGAUAGAGGAAACGACAGUAAUCUGGUUUUCGCCAAAAUAAAGCAUAGGAAUUUGAGGCUUGCGUAAUAUCGUUCUGCGUUACUUACUCUUGCUCGAUUGCGAUAAUCUCAAGACUUCCAGGACUCUUAAUGGCUAAGAACAUACAUCUUGUAGAAAAGGAAAUGAGUGUUCUUGGAAGGAAGGUAAUAUUGGCAUUCAGACAUGGAGUUUUAUGACUUCUGGUUCGAUGGGAAAUACACGGCUCUAUGAAAUUUCAUAGUAUUUUGUUGCAAGUUUCGGAGUCACAGCGGGUGAAUAUAGGGUCAAGAUGUGCAACAGUACACAGCAAAUUCAUCUCAGUAAUCACCAUUAAUCACAAAUCUCGUUAUUUUGAAUACCUAAUAUCUGAGGUGUCAAAUCUAAUCUAACUUAACCUUACCUGGGUUGUGGUUAAGUCAGGUUAGAUUAAACAAAUUUGAGAAAAUAUAAAUCAAAGAUAUCGAUCCCAGAAACACGAGAUAAUUCUGCUGUGUGUCCCUUUGAGAUCUUACGAGGUUGACGUGAGCUUGAUUCGAACGGCAUUCGAAUCAGGACGUGUUACAGAGUGCCAAGGGCUUCUGAAGCGAUGUUCCGAAGACUUGGAGCAUCGACUUUGCGCUCGGUUUGCGGGUUAGGAUAUAUGAAGAUCAGCUCAACGGACUCAUUGUGUCAGGAAAUCCUUGCGAAGUCCAACGGAUUAGUCCCGGGCUAUUUGUUGUGAUAUUCUCAUUCAGGGCCAGAGGUUUCGGUUAAAAAGUUCCUGGGCGGGAUUCGAUCUUUUUUAGCGAAGGAGCGUGCCGGAUGAGUGAACCAUAGAGGUUGGUGAUGCCGGAUAAGUGAAGCAUAUAGGUUGAUGAUGCCGAAUAAGUGAAGCAUAGAGAUUGUCGAUGUCGGAUAAGUGAAGCAUCGAGGUUGAUGAAAAAGCGAUCUUGACUAGGAUGUGAGGCUGGCGGUUUCUCAAAGCUUCGUUCGUCUUAGAAAAGCCGUGAGUGAUAUUCCAGAAUAGCAAGUACGUGAGAAUAACGCAAUCCUGUCUUCAAGUGUCUUUAGAGAGAAAAUUAUUGUUAUCGUCCAUGUUUAAAUUAUCCAGCCCAUCUUUUAAUUACAUAAGUUAUAUAAAUAAAUAAUAAUUAUCUCUCGAAUUCUGAAUAUGAGUUGUAUGUUCAUAUACAUACAUACAUG